AAAAAAAAAAAAAAAAAAAAAUAUGGUUACCUUGGUAACAGAGUCGGUCCAUUCUGAGACGGAACCUAAGAAAGUGCCUGCACCUAUCCCUGCUGUCAACGUAUGGCAAGUCAACAAGUUGAACACCCCUCAGACAAGUGUGGUGAAUGAUGAUGCAUGGCCUGCUCCAGUAGAAGCACUCAAACAACAAGAAGUGGUUCCUGAAAAAUCAAUAUCAACAAAAUCAAUUAGUAAAGGACAAUGGAAACCACUCACGCCUACCAUCAUUCAUUCAAGUCUUCCCAAACGUGAUAAAAAUGAUAAAAAGUUAAGACAACAGGAUCGGAAGGACGUGUCACAGGACAAGAACGAAAAUUCCGUGCCUGAUAUUCAAUUUAAUCGCUCAUAUGCACUUCGUGGUGGCAGUAGGCGACCUGGCCGAGGAAGAGGUCGUGCAGAUAUAGGCUUCAGACGGUCCUUUAAGCCUUAUCAAGACGCAGACACGCUCAAAUCAUACAUCUUGCAGCAAAUCGAAUACUACUUUAGCAUUGACAACCUUUGUAAAGAUUUGUAUUUAAGGAACCAAAUGAAUACUGAGGGUUAUGUACCCAUCAGCUUGGUCGCUGGUUUCAACAGAAUAAAAAACCUAACAGUCGACAUGGACUUGGUCCGUGCUUCCUUACAGCUUUCAGAAUUGUUGGAAAUGAAUCAAGAUGCUACCAUGUUGCGUAGAAAAGAAGGCUGGGAGAUGUGGAUUCUACCUGAAAAGAAAACGACAAAGGCACAAAGCAAUCCUCAACCUGAGGUACGUAGAAAAUCCAUCCAACCUGAGGCACGUAGAAAGUCAAUCCAAGAAAAGCCUCAGAAAGAGGACCAUGAAGAAGACCUGUUUGACUUUGAAGACGAAGAGUGGAUUGAUGGCAGCAGACCCAACACGAUUAAAAAGUACUACAUCUCUGACGAGGAGGAAGAGGACGAUGAAUUUGAUGAUGAUAAAGUAGCACGCAUCAUGAUUGUCACUCAGCACAAGAGAGAUCGCACACACCAGCAUUUUGACCGCGCAAAGAUGAACGAUGACAUACUGGACAUGAUCAAUGAGGGAUUGUAUCAGUAUGAAACCGGCGUUGGACGUAAAACCCAAGUUUCUCAGUCAAAGAUUGGAACACUGGACCCUGAACAUUUCAAAAAACAAAAAGAGGACGCUAAACCCACUCGCUUUUAUCCUGUUCAACCCGAGUCUCUUCCUGCCAAUGCCCCUAUUCAUAAAGAAGCUCAUGUCGGUUGGGUGUUGAGUGAUCAGCCUUACCAUCCUUCUGGCGAUGGUCUCUUGUCAACCAGUCUUGGAAAAUCACCUGCCCUGUCCACCUCCUUAGAAAGUAACAUGGCUCACUCCUUUGGAAGCUUCCAACACCCAAGCCAUGAGCUUUUACGCGAUAAAUUCGUUCAGCACAAAUACCACAAGUACCACGCUAAAGCAUUAAAGGAGCGCAAGCAGUUAGGUGUUGGCCAGUCGCAUGAAAUGAAUACCCUUUAUCGUUUCUGGUCGCACUUCUUGCGUGAUCACUUCAAUAACCGCAUGUAUAACGAAUUUAAGCGAUUGUCCAUUGAAGACGCCAACCAAGGCUAUCGUUAUGGCCUGGAAUGUUUGUUCCGUUUCUACUCUUAUGGACUUGAACGUCGUUAUCGUCCUGACGUAUUUCUUGAUUUCGAGCAACUUACCCUGGAAGACUAUGACCAUGGCUCUUUGUAUGGAUUAGAGAAAUUCUGGGCCUACAAUCAUUAUCGCAAAGAUAAGAAGAAGCUAAAAUUCAAUCCUCGUAUGAAGCAAUUAUUGGAGAAAUAUAAAACAAUCAAGGACUUUAGAAACUCAAGUAUCCUCCAGAAAACAGAAGGUGCUACUUACUCUGUUCCUCAUCAUCAAAAUCCAAAGAUCAAGAAAGAAAAGAAUUAAGACUUUAAAUAAAAAGAGAGAGAGAAGAAAGAAGGAGAGGGGGAAGUCAAGAGCUUGCUGAUUUGCAGCCACACAAUCUAUUU